AUGCCCAGCGUCUCCACGGUGGGGGAAUUCCUCUUGCUGGGUUUCUCGGAGAUCCGAGAGCUGCAGCUUGUCCAUGUCCAGCUGUUCCUUCUGGUCUACCUGGCGGCCCUGACGGGGAAUUUCCUCAUCGUCGCCAUCACCGCCCUCGACCGGCUCCUCCAGACCCCCAUGUACUUCUUCCUCAGGAAUCUGUCAGUCCUCGACCUCUGCUACAUCUCUGUCACUGUUCCCAAGUCUGUCGUCAUCUCCCUGACCAACAAUAGAUCCAUCUCCCUCUUGCGCUGCGUGGCCCAGGUCUUUUUGGUGGUUCUAUUUGCUGCUUCAGAGCUGGCCAUCCUUACGGUGAUGUCCUACCACCGUUAUGCGGCCAUCUGCCUACCCCUACGCUAUGAGCUCAUCAUGAACAACAGGGUCAGUGGAAAGAUGGCAGCCGUCUCCUGGCUCAUCGCGGUGCUGUUUGGGGUCUUGUAUUCAGCUUCAACUUUCUCCCUGGGCUUCUGCGGGUCCAACAUCGUCCAUCAGUUCUUCUGUGACGUCCCCUCCCUGCUGAAGAUCUCCUGCUCCGAAGACCAUGUCGCCAUUGAUGUGAGCGUUACCGGUGCGGUAGGUUUACAUGUCGCCUGCUUUGUCUUCAUCGUUGUCUCCUAUGUGCACAUCUUUCAGGCCGUGCUGAUGAUGCCGGCCACCGAGGGCCGGGCCAAAGCCUUCUCCACCUGCUUGCCUCACCUCGCCGUCUUCACUGUCUUCGUCUCUACUGCAGUGAUCUCCUACCUCAAGCCCGUGUCAGACUCCACCUCGACCCUGGACCUGCUGUUGUCCAUGUUCUACGCCGUGGUGCCCCCCACCCUGAACCCUCUCAUCUACAACCUGAGGAACCGGAACAUGAAGGCCGCCCUGGGGAGAGUCCUAAAGGAAAGCUUCCUCCUCCCUCCUCUAAGAGACAAAAUGUCUGUAGAGCAUUGGGUUGUGGAAGCAGCGAACAAGUUCAGGUAUUGGGGAGGGUUGAAGACGAGACUCAGGAACCACGUGAACAAAGAGUGCGUGGCUUGUCCAGGCCACGAGGUCCGGGACCAGCCCAGCCCUGAAGAAGACAGCGACCCCAAGCCCUCGCUGACCCGCUCUAACUUUGGCUCUUCCCUCAUCACAUGCAUAAAGUCAGUGCAGUCUCCCCAACACCUGCAUAGUGAGGGAAUUCCUCCUGUUGAGAUUGUCGGAGCAUCGUCCAGCCCGUUCUUCUGUGACGUUCCCACCCUGCUGAAGCUCUCCUGCUCCGAGGACCAUUUCGCCAUCAGUGUCCACAUCUUCUGGUCCGUGCUGAGGAUUUCAGCCACCGAGGGGCAGGCCAAAACCUUCUCCACCUUCCAGCCCCACCUAGCCAUCUUCACCAUAUUCCUGUCUACGGCCGUCAUCUCUAACCGCAAGCCCAUCUUGAGGAACCGGGGCAUGAAGGCCAACCUGCGGAGAGUCCUAAAGAGGAGAUUCCUCCUCUAA